CUACAAGAUGUACUUCAAAUCUGAUCCCACUCCUAAGAACACUGAAGAGUCUGUGGUAUUGAAUGUCCCCCUUGGUGUUAUCACCCAUGUUGAGAAGAUCGGAAGAUCAAGACAGAAAGGAGAUAAUGUCAUAUAUGGACUUGAUGUUCACUGCAAGGAUAUGAGGACGUUAAGGUUUGCUUUUGCUCAUAAUCAAGAGUCUCACGGUAGAAGAGGAAUGUAUGACCGGCUGCAGAUUGUAGCUUUUCCAUGUUCUUAUGGAAAGAAUGUUUAUGCAUUUCAUUUCCGUGGUGAUUACCCUGACGACGGUUGGGAGGUGUACGAUCCAGAGGCUGAACUGAAGAGAAUGGGUGUUGGUAAUGAUGGAGUUCCAUGGAGGAUUUGUCAUUUAAAUAAAAAUUAUGAGCUUUGUGAUACAUACACAUCAACGUUUUCCGUUCCUUUGAAUUGCAGUGAUGAGAUGGUACAAGGUGUUGCUCAGUUCAGGAGUAAAGGAAGAAUACCAGUAAUUCAAUUUUAAUAUUAUACAGUACAU